AUGGCACGAAACUGGGAGAGGCUACCGCUUUAUAGCAAUUCAUACCCGCCACUUCUAUUCAGUUAUGAGCCAAGCUCGGAGGGCUAUGAAGUCUUUCUCACUGAUCUGGGCCAUGUUUGGUCAGAGAGCUUAAGCCAUAAGCAAAUAAUUGAUCGCGCCGCGAAAGACGAUACCAGCAUCGACCCCAGUCAGGAUGAGGACCAGUACUCAGUGCUACUACAAAAAAUCAAUGAUGCGCUGCAUGGGUCUAAAGGAACAUCGCUGUGCCUUUCUGGCCGAGGCGCUGGAUCGAGUUUGAGACUGUCGACUACUACGAAGCUACCAAAACCCUUAGAACCGUUAGAGUGGACAUUAGUCUUAUCCAAAUGUUCUCCUUCUGCAUUAACACGUCAUAUGCUAGUACCGACAUUGCGGAGCUGGCUGGGAAUUGAGGCUCAGCAACAAUCCCUUUGCGAGCUUUUAGAAGAGAAAGAUAAAAUAAUAGGAAAACUUUUCGACAAAAUAGAGUCAUCGGGCCUUGAAUUGAGCACUGUUUUUCCCGGAAUGGCGAAUAUUCGGCAUGGCCAAAAGAGAGGCUCCCUGUUUUCACAGGCCUCAAAGCUGGUGAAAGGAGUGAGUCCGUUUGACAAGAGUUCUUGGGAGACUAUACAUUCCAGCGGUGUGUCGAAGAAAUCUACGUCAAUACCAGUUGGGAAGUACCUGUAUGAUGAUGAUCUAUUUAAUGUACGAAAUAUGGAGCUCAUAGAAAGCGAGUGGUGGAAUCUGCCUACAACAUCCCAUAGCUCCAGCCCCUCUGGAGAAAAAGCUUCAAAUAAUCUUGAGAGACACACGGAAAAUGACGGGAGUGAAAGUGAUGAUGAAAAUCAAGUAUUUCUGCCUGUUCUACAUAAUCUCGUGGCUGUAUUGCUAACUUCAAGGGGUAGACUCAAGAAACCCCCCUAG